AUGCCUUUUUUCCCAAUGGGUACUGGAGUUCAAGCAGAGAAUGACACAAACCCCACGUCCGGCGUAAUGCCACUGUCCCCCGCGACGCUGGUCAAGAAUCGUCGGAAACGCUACCUGGAUACCCAUCCGGAGUAUUUCUCUGCUGAUCUCGAGCUAGCCGACCCGUUGCUGUACGAUCGCUUGAUCCGUCGAUUCCAGACACCGGCGGAACGAGAGGCUGAAGGGCGAGCCAAAGGAUUCUCAGGCAUACUUCAAGCAGAUCUUUAUCGUUCCGAGGCCAAGAUGGAAGCCCUGUCGCAUCCGGAUCCCAAUGCAAUGUUUAGCUAUAGCCGUGGCCCAAACGGGGAAAUCCUCGCGGAGGACAAGGAUGAGAUACCGACGAGCAAGGAAGAAGGCAAAAAGAUCUGGCAAUGGGAGAUGGGACUGCGAUUUAUAAGGGGCGAAGACCACGACUUUGACUAUGCUACUGUUGACGAGAACGAUGAUUAUGAUGACUGGAACGAAGAGCAAGAGCGAUACUUCGACGAUGAAGAACCCGAAUGGAUCGUUGAAGGUACAAGUGGCGGUGACGUCAGAUCGAGACUACAAGGAGAGACUGGUGUUCAAGACUUUUGA